AUGGCCACACCAGUCAUCGUUGGCGUCGGGGCCAUCGCCGCCGCUCUCGCAGGAAGACAUUUUCUGCGUCAAGUCGGUAAAGGAGCUGCUGAGCAAUGGGUAAAAGGUGGAUUCAAAGCGAAAAUGGAUCGGACAGAGGCGUUGGCUAUUCUCGGUUUGAAAGAUGGUCCUCAGCUCCGGGUCAAGCUCAAAGAUGCUCACCGCCAGAUAAUGCUCGCAAACCAUCCCGAUCGCGGAGGUUCGCCGUAUUUGGCUAGUAAAAUUAACGAGGCGAAGGAUCUCCUGGAGAAAAAUAAGUAA